AUGCCGUUAUUUUUUAGGCUUCUGUUUCUCGCAAACUUUUUGGUUACUGUAGCUCUUGCUGUGCAGCAAGCAGUGACUGUGAAAGGAAUAGUAAACUGUCGAGGACAGAAACAACCCGGAACAUUUGUGCAGUUGUAUGAUGAGGAUUCGAUCUUCGACAGCGACGAUCUUCUUGGAUCCGUGAUUGCUGACCAUCGAGGAGUUUUCUGUGUAAAAGGAAACACUGAAGAGUUCACCACUAUCGAACCAUACAUCUUCAUCGAGCACAAUUGCGGUUACGAGGGUCUCAAUGAAAAGAGAGUCUUCACUAGAAUUGUUCCAAUCGAGUACAUCACAGAAGGACCUAAAGCCAAACAUGUCUACCAUAUGGGAGACAUUGAACUUCUCACAGCUGAUGCUCCUGUUCAAAAAUACGACAAACGGAUUUAUGUAGAAACAAAUAUUGAUGAGAGAAUUCGACAGUGCAUUCCAAUCUAUGUGCAAUAUAAGAGAUACUAUGAGAAGACCGUUUUUGAAACUAAAACGCAUGAAACCGUCCUGCCGACCGACGAAGAACCAGUUGAAAUUGAGGAGCCGGUUGUGGAACCAACAGAAGGAGAGCAGGAAGUGGUGACGUCAUCUACAGAAGAAGUACAGGAAACAGAAGCGCCAGUGGUCCAUCAUGAAAUGUCUGAUGAGGAGAAGAGACUGGAAGAGGAGAGGCUCCGAUUGGAAGAAGAGCAACAACGACUCGAUGAGAUUCGCAGACUCGAGGAAGAAUCCCUACGUUUGGAGGAAAUCCGUCGUAUCGAAGAGGAGAAAAAGAGAAUUGAGGAGAUCAGAAGACAAGAGGAAGAACAACAACGGAUCGAGUUGGAACGUAGAGAAGAAGAACGCCGUCUGGAAGCUGAGCGUCGAGCUGCAGAAGAAAAGAAGCGAGAGGAAGAGGCGAAACUUCAAGAACAAAGACGAAAGGAACAAGAAGAGGAACACAAAAGAAGAAUGGACGAGUAUCAUCGACGAGAACAAGAGCGUCAGGAAGCUCUGAAGCGUAGAGAAGAGGAAAUCAAACGACGUGAAGAGGAGGAGAAGAUUAGAAUCUCCACGUCGUCUUCUGAAAAAGUGGAGAAGAAGGAUCCGUGUGUUCACUAUCCAGUCUUGACUCAUAUCCAAUCUAUCAGUAGAUCCAUUGAAGCUCGUCACGAGUACGUCGAAGAUCCAUGUCUCAAGAGAUAA